UGUUAAAUAUUAUAUUAACAUUGUUUUUAUGACAAUUAGUUUAUGUCUGACUUAUAGUAAUUGUAUUGAUGUGAAGACAACAUCGGGUGUAGUGAGGGGUCAGACGAUAGAUGUGUUGAACGUAAGUAUUGACCAGUUUUUGGGUAUACCUUAUGCCAAACCACCCGUCGGGAGACUCCGGUUCGCCAAACCUGAACCCAUCAAAACUCCCAAACCGGAUAUAAUCGAUGCGACAAAACCUAAAAACUCUUGCACUCAAGACAAGAGCGCUUUACCACCGGAAGCGCCUAUAAGUGAAGACUGUUUGGUAUUAAACAUAUGGACACCAAAUGCGGGAAAUAAUAACACAAACAAAUCACAGCUCAAACCCAUUAUGUUUUGGAUACACGGAGGGGGUUAUACCGGGGGCUCAAUAUUUAUGGAUAUAUAUAACGGCAAAGUUUUGGCCACAAAUGAUGUGAUGAUUGUCUCAACAAACUAUAGGUUAGGACCGUUUGGGUUCCUAUACGGGGAUCGGGAGGACGCGCCCGGAAAUGUCGGACUCUUUGACCAGUUAUUGGCUCUCAAAUGGGUUAGAGAAAAUGCUAAACAGUUUGGCGGAGAUAGGGAUCAGAUCACUAUAUUUGGUGAGAGCGCCGGCAGUUGGUCCGUAUCGACACAGAUAUUCAGUCCGUUAACAAAGGGCUUAUUCAAGAGGGCUAUUAUGGAAAGCGGGGCUAUAAUGUACAGCAAUAGCCGGGACCCGAUCAGCACCGGUGAAGCCCUACAGUCGGCCAAAGAUAUGGCAAAGCAUUUCAAUUGUAGUGAAUCUGAGGAGUGGUUACACUGUUUACGAGAAUUGCCGGCCGAUAGGCUACAGACGUCCACAAUCUUCCCGACGUUCCCGGUCUUAGGAACAGAAUAUUUGCCAAUUUCUGCCCAAAAAGCGUUUGCAGAGAAAACCUUUAGGACAGAUAUUGAUCUACUGACAGGGUUAGUGAGAGACGAGGGUUCAAACCUGGCCGAGCUUAUGGUCGGACCCCUGCCUAACCCCAUGACCGUCGAGUCAUUCAAACAAUACAUUAAUAAAACCAACGCUAUAUACCGGGGUCUGGAUGUCCAGCGAUGGACAGACUAUUACCUGCAAAAUGUCAACCAAUCGGACCCACAGGCCCUGCGCUGGGCUUUCUAUAACUUUUUCGGUGACAUCACAAACAAGUGUCCGACUUAUUUGUUUGCCAAACAAUUUUACUUAAACCGGGAUGAGUCCCGUAAUGUGUAUUUUUAUGAAUUAACCUACGAAAAUGCUGUAAUUGCUAAACUUAUGAAGUGCGAUCCGGAGACCAUGGGCAUUUGUCACGGUAUGGAUAUCCCAUAUGUGUUUGGUUUACCGUUGACUACACCGGGAUUUACACCCGAAGAUCAGGCGCUUAGUCGUGCGGUUAUGAAAAUGUGGACACGGUUUGCAAAAUAUGGAUAUGCC